AUGAUAAAGCCGUUGGGCGUCAAUUUUGCCAUACGUGGCGCUGGGAUGCAACCACUCCCGGGCUCUGCCAACGUUCAAGGAGGCGUUACCCUUGAUCUUAGACGUUUCAUCGGCAUUGAUAUUAUGAAUGGUUUUGUCCAAGGGGGGACAGAUGAGCUCUGGGGUAAGGUAUAUGAAAAGCUAGACGCCUUCGGGCUCUCUGUAACCGGUAGCCGCUCAGCAAUAGGGGGUAUCGGUGGACGAGCACUUCAGGGCGGCCUAUCCUUCUUUUCUAGUAGCGAAGGAUUCAUUUGUGACAAUAUCCUUAGCUUCGAGGUCGUUUUGGCCUCGGGUGAGAUUAUCAAUGCCAAUGCCUCGGAUAAUGAGGACUUGUGGCGUGCUCUGAAAGGGGUAGGGAACAAUCAGGGGAUCGUGACUCGUUUCGACAUAUGGACCUUCAAACAAGGGCUGAUAUGGGGUGGUACUGUAUUCUACUUCCCUUCAAGCUUCCCAAGUCAGCUUGAAUCCCUGGUUAAGGAACUUCACAAACCUAAUACAAGCAAAGAAACGCACCUAAUGUUGAGCAUCGGCUAUUCAUUCUUGAUGGGUAACAGUAUUAUGUGCUUGAAUCAGCUGUACUGCACUCAGGUAUUCGAAAACCCACCCGAGCUUGAUCCAUUUACCAAAGUUCAACCACAAAUUGAUGCCCUCAAUAUAAUGCGUCUUCACAGCGUGAAAGAUGCGGCUGCAGAGCAAAGUGCAUCCGGCCAAGCUCAAGUGAGAUGCGCUUAUAUGAAUAUAACAGUCAAAGCAGAUCUUGGAACUUUGAACGCCGUGUCUGAGAUCUAUACGGCUGAGCUUAAACCCCUGAAGGGAUUUGAAAACGUAACUCUAUCUUUAACUCUGCAGCCGUACCCAGUUUCGCUGAUGGAACAGUCAACUGAACUUAGGGGCAAUUCUUUGGGUCUUGGUGCCACUGAAGGCCCUCUUGUCUCGAUUCUUCUCCUUUCCUGUUGGGAGAGCGAGGAAUAUGAUAAUGCAGUGUUGGAGAUAAUGAAGGAUGCACUCGAUAAGAUUAAAGUAGACGCAACUGAGCGAAACCAACUAGUUCCAUUUAUUUACAUGAACUACGCCUUCAGACACUAA